CUGGCCACCACAGACUGGUAGAAUGUCUUCAGAAGCCUGCUGCAGACACUGAAGGACCCGAGUCUCCUCAGGAAGAACAGUCUGCUCUAUCCUUUCCUGUAGAUGGCUUCAGUGUUGGUGGACUAGUCCAGUUUAUUGUUUAUUUAGACCCCAAGUCCCUCCAUUGUUGCAUUGGCUGCCCCAAAUCAACACUGUUCAUGGGGAUCUUUAUCUCACCAAUUUGAUCAUGUUUGGAGAAACGAUCAAAGUCAAAGACUUGCAGCACCAAAGUCUUUCCUCCUAACUCCGCAUAUGGAAUCUAAAAAGAGAAGGGGGAUGGAUACCUGGACAGACGCCAUUCAAGAGGACAGACAACAGACGAGGGGAGGUAGACACAUAGGCCAAACUCCUGCCUCUUGAGGGACAUACCUGGGCGUCGGUGAAGUUGUAGUCCAAUGAGAAUUCCAGCUUACCCAGCUUUUCCUGCUCUUUCUCCUCUUCCUCCCCCUGCUUCUUCACUUCACCCUCCUACAAAACAAAAGCCCCAAUGCAUUGGAAAUGCUGCAUGAAGAUCAACAUUUACAUCAGGUUGUCACUGACACCAAUGCACAAUCAGCAAAGGACACAUCAACCCUAGCAGUGGAAACUGUAACGACACAAAAAGCAACAACACAGCCAACCACCAUCUUAACUACAACUGGACCCCCCGAUAAUGUCCAGGAAGUUGAAGUGACGAAGCAGAGUGAAACAAGUAUAACUCUGACAUGGGACAAAGUCAACAACAUCUCAACAUACUUUUUGAAAUAUGAACACAACGGUGCAAAGGAAACAUUUAUCAAUGAUACCAGUGGAGGCUCAAUUUCAUUUGAGGUCACUCCUCUGACUGCUGGGAGAAGAUACAGUUUCACUGUCAUCACUACAUUUAAUGCAGCCAACAGCACUGGAACAACAGCUGACACGUUCAGCGCUCCUCGUAACGCAGAAGAGAUAACAGUAGUGGGACAGAGUGAGAGCAGCAUCACUUUGCAGUGGAAAAAAGUGGAUGAACUACUCGAUUACAUUUUUGUGGUCAAUGGAAGUGAGAUAAAUGUUACUGCACUAGAUGGAGAAGAUACAGUGACAUACACAGUCUCUGGACUGCAAAGCGGGACAGAAUAUGAAUUUGAUCUGUUCACUGUGUUUGAAAACAUCAGAAGCAGUGGAGUCAAAUACACUGCAGUCACUGCUCCUCUUAAUACAGACCAGUUAAGAUCAGUUGAACAAACAGAAACCAGCAUCACUCUGCAGUGGACCAAAGUUAAUGGCUCAUUUGAUUAUACACUUGUGUACCAUGAAAAUGAGAUAAACAUCUCUGCAUCAAAAGGACAUGAAGUGACAGUUAAAAAUCUCACAAAUACAACAAGAUACAACUUCACCCUCUUCACUGUGUUUGAAAAUGUCAGAAGCAGUGGAGUAACCAUCAUGGCACCCACUGCUCCUCCAAACCCAGGGGGUCUUAAAAUAGUUGGACAAAAUGACACCAGUAUAACUCUGCAGUGGAAUAAAGUGGAGAACCUCCUUAACUACAAACUUAAGGUUGAUGAACUAGAGGUAGAAGUCCUUGCAGUGGCAGGACAAGUACUGGUGACAAAAACAUUCGACCAACUCGAAAGUGGGACUAAACACAGUUUCAGUCUCUUUGCUCUGUAUCAUCAUGUCAGAAGCAGUGGACUUAACAUCUCUGCAGUCACAGCUCCUCGUAACGCAGAAGAGAUAACAGUAGUGGGACAGAGUGAGAGCAGCAUCACUUUGCAGUGGAAAAAAGUGGAUGAACUACUCGAUUACAUUUUUGUGGUCAAUGGAAGUGAGAUAAAUGUUACUGCACUAGAUGGAGAAGAUACAGUGACAUACACAGUCUCUGGACUGCAAAGCGGGACAGAAUAUGAAUUUGAUCUGUUCACUGUGUUUGAAAACAUCAGAAGCAGUGGAGUCAAAUACACUGCAGUCACUGCUCCUCUUAAUACAGACCAGUUAAGAUCAGUUGAACAAACAGAAACCAGCAUCACUCUGCAGUGGACCAAAGUUAAUGGCUCAUUUGAUUAUACACUUGUGUACCAUGAAAAUGAGAUAAACAUCUCUGCAUCAAAAGGACAUGAAGUGACAGUUAAAAAUCUCACAAAUACAACAAGAUACAACUUCACCCUCUUCACUGUGUUUGAAAAUGUCAGAAGCAGUGGAGUAACCAUCAUGGCACCCACUGCUCCUCCUAACACAGAAGAGUUAAACGUAUUUGGACAAAAUGAAACCAGCAUCACUCUGCAGUGGAAAAAAGUGGGUGCCAUCCUUGAGUAUAGAAUUGUGUUUGAUAGCCGUGAGAUAGUUGUCCUUGCAUCAGCAGAAGAUAAACGAGUAUCAGAUCAAAUCCUUGGACUUGAAAGCGGGACAAAAUAUGAUUUCAGAGUUUUUGCUCUGUUUGAAAACGUCAGAAGCAGUGGACGAAACUUCAUAACUGCCACUGUUCCCUCAAUGGUGGCUUCAGUUAAUGUGACUGAACGCUCUGUGGACAGUGUAACCCUGGUGUGGAAGAGUGUGCGGAAAGACUGGAGCUACUCUCUCAAAAUAAAUGGAAAGGUUUUCAACCAUAAAGGAUCACAGGAUGUUUUAUCACAAGUAAUCUCUUCUCUCAAGCCUGGGACAGAGUAUCCAUUCAGCGUGAGCACAGGUUUCUUUGGACUCAACAGCACUGCUUACGAAGACUUCACAGUCACAGCCAUAAACUGUGCAAAUGUAAACUGGCAUGUUACAAACUCGUCGAUCAAAGGAACGAUUGAAGGCUUGUUUACAAAUGCAACAGCAACAAACAAAUCACAAACUCAUGUCAGUUCUGAAGAUGGCAUUGUGUCGUUUACUGGCCUUUAUCCUGGAGCAACCUACGAGGUGUAUCUGGAAUAUGAGAAAAACUCCAUACACUUUAAUCAGUGUAGCCACGCAGUGACCAUCAUUCCUCCAGAUAUAAAGCCUCACUGUGAGUAUUGGGCAUCUGGAUAUUCUGUCUACAUUGCCUGGGACACGCUGGCUGGCAUCUGGACUGGAGUGAAGGUGAAGGUGAAUGGGGAAACUCACUCUUCUAAUAACAGAGAACAACAUGUCAUAAUACCUGGAUUCCAACCUGCAAAAACAUAUGCGAUGUCUGUUGUUACACUAUCUGGAGAAAGGAGUUCUGCACCGUUUGCUUUUCAAUGUUCCACUGAUCCCAGGGGGGUCAUUGCAGGGUCAGUAAUGGGUGUGCUCCUUUUUCUUGUUCUGGUCUGUUUGGCUGCCUUCAUUUUGUUGAAAAGACCGGAUUUAAUCAGUCAAUCAUUCAUCGGUGGUACCAAACAAACCAAUAAAAAGCCCAAAGCUAUCUCUGUGACCAAAUUUGCCGACCAUGUCUACCACUUAAGUGCGGACGAGAAUAGAGGUUUCAGCCAGGAAUAUGAGAGCCUCAUGCCUGUCGGCACAGAGCAGACACGUAAGGAUGCUAAUCUUCCUGAAAACAAACCGAGGAAUCGUUUCAACAACGUCCUGCCAUAUGACUGGUGUCGUGUGAAGCUAACCUCAUCAGGUGCAAUUGGGAUGCCAGACUACAUUAAUGCCAAUUAUAUGCCAGGCUACAACAAUAACAGAGAGUACAUUGCCACUCAGGGUCCUCUGCCCUCCACAAUCAAUGACUUCUGGAGGAUGAUCUGGGAGCAGAGGGUGAAAGGCAUUGUCAUGGUAACCAACUGCAAAGAGAGUGGAAAGACUAAGUGUGAACAAUACUGGCCUGAAGACAGAAAACCCUGCCUUUUUGGAGAGUUUGCGGUCACGCUCAGGUCUGAGAAGAAGGAGCUCUACUGGACAUUGAGGGAAUUUAUGUUGAAACAUAAAAACUACUCCGAGGAGCGUACAGUGAAGCAUUUUCACUUCACAGCCUGGCCUGACCACGGAGUCCCACAGGGCACACAAGUCCUGAUCCAGUUCAGAGGACUGGUGAGACAGCACAUUGAAAGAGAAGGGACUGGAGCACCUACUGUGGUUCACUGCAGUGCUGGGGUGGGGAGGACAGGCACCAUCAUUGCCCUGGAUGUUCUACUUCAGCAACUUGAGAAAGAACGAGCAGUGGGCAUCAACGCCUUUGUGCACAAAAUGAGGCUGAGUCGACCGCACAUGGUGCAAACAGAGUCCCAGUAUGUUUUCUUGCACCAAUGCAUCAUGGACACUCUGCAGCAGAAUGAGAAGAGCGAAGAGAACAUCUAUGAGAAUGACGACAUGAUGUAUGUGAACGCUACUGCUCUCCGAGAGUUUAACAACGGCAGCCAAGCUUAACUAGAAUGUCAGUCUCAAUGCACUAAAUGAAAAGCUAAUGUUUAAUUCUACAUGCUAAGUUUGGUUAAACGCUGUAAAUUUGACAAAAUAUAUUGUAUAUUUACUGUAGAUGUGUGCUGCUCUCAAAUUAUAUUUAAGUUUUAUUCCUUAACUUUUCAGUGUGUAUAACUAUAAUGAUUGUAAAUUAUUAUUAUGAGGGGAAAAACUUCAGAGGACAAAAGAAUGUUUAUAAAUUGCAUGAAGAAAUGUAGGAAGAACAGAAUGAUUUUCAAGAAAUAAAAUACUUUUAUUCACGGGA